CAAGUGCAAGAUUCAGUUGAUUAACUAGCAAAACUUUAGAAAGAGGACAAUGGCUACCUUUUCAAUUACUAUUUAUAUGGCUUUGAUAUGCUUAGCAUUCACAGCAGGCGAGAUGAUAGAAACAGCUAGAGUUAACACUCCGUCUGGUCCUAUAAAUGGACUCAAGACACAAAAUAAACAUACCGGAAUGAACCUUCAUGAAUUCCGCGGAAUUCGAUUUGGUAAACCACCUGUCGGACCGUUGAGGUUCAAAAAGCCAGAACCAGUCGACAAAUGGACAGAUACUCUGGAUGCAAUAGAAUUUGGACCAGGAUGCACCCAGACAGUAUCCGAAUAUACACCAGACUUUGCACCUCGUAAAAUGUCGGAAGACUGUUUAUUCUUAAAUGUUUAUGUUCCGGGGAGUCUGGAUGAAAACAGGAAAUUAUCCGUUAUGGUGUGGAUAUAUGGUGGAGGUUUCAUGGCAGGUUUUUCCAGCCAGUAUGACGGAGGAUGGAUAGCUACACAAGGCAAUGUUAUAGUCGUAACAAUUAAUUAUAGGGUAGAUAUACUAGGAUUUUUUACUCUGGACCAUCCAGCUGCAUUUGGAAACUACGGUCUAUGGGAUCAAAAACUAGCACUCCAAUGGGUACACGACAAUAUUGCGUCAUUUGGAGGUAACCCCGAUUCUGUUACAUUAUUUGGAGAAUCUGCUGGUGGGUGGAGUGUGUCUCUCCAGUCCCUAAUACCGUCAAAUCAAGGACUAUUCCACAGAAUUAUAGCACAAAGUGGUGUUGCUAAUAGAUUGAGUAUUAUGACGAAGAAGCAAAUUAAUGAUAGAACCAUUGAACUGGCAAAAAAGACAGCAUGUCCGAUCAAUGAUAUGUUUAAAUUUGUAAACUGUCUUCGAGAUAAAGAUUACAGUGAACUAUUGAAAGCCACUAAUUAUGAGAGUUCUGUGUCCCAAGACAAAAUAGAUAUGUAUCAACCACCAUAUGCUGCCGUGGUAGACGGGGAGUUGUUCCACGAUCAUCCAAUUAGAAGUUUAGAUGAUAGAUCAUCAGAGGUUGCAAACUUUUUCAAAUCUCUAGAGUUCAUCACUGGAUAUACAUCAAAUGAAGGACUUGUUCUAAAUUUUAUAAUAUUCCCGAAAAUGCAGGAAAUCUAUGAUUUUAAUGUAACUGAGGGAAUUCCAGCUAGGUUUAUUUGUGAGGGAAUGAUCGCUCCUUAUGUUGAACAAUUUUACCAAAAUGAUACUGGUGUAAAGCAAAAGAUGUGUUCCUUUUACACAACAAAAAAUUCCAAAGAUGAACAAAGCAUGAGAGCAAAUGAUUUACUGGGCGAUAUCAUAUUCAAUUAUCCCGCAAUGGAGAUGCUCAACUAUCACACACAUCUAGGGGGCAAGUCUUACCAAUACUUGUUUUCCAAGGAAAAACACAUAGAAUGGGGGUUUGCUGAGUUACCUCAAUGGACAAAGGGUUCUGGUCAUGGUGAAGACCUACAGUUUAUGUUUGAUAUGCACACCGUCAUGCCGUCUCUAAACGAGACUCAGUUCACUCCGGAAGAAAAGGAUUUAUCUGAUAAGAUUAUUCAGUAUUGGACGUCAUUUGCAAGAACCGGGGAACCGUUUGGUGGUGAGGGAGCAGUUCCAUGGAAACCGUUUGACCUAACAUCAAGAUAUUAUCUAGAUCUCGACACUCCAAUAGCACUGCGCAGUAAUCUAAAUCCCAAAAUGAUAGAAUUCUGGUCCAAGGAAUUACCACAAAUAGGACUAGACCCUCUAGAGCAAAUCAUAGAACAUGACGAAUUGUAAACACAGAUUAAGUGUUGUAUUUUUCAUCAAAAUUAUUUGUUUUGGUGGAUUUUUUUAAUCAUCUCUCUGAACUUGGUUAAUCAGUCCAAAUGAAAUACAUGUAAAUAUUCAUGGGUGUGCGUGUAUUCAUAUAACUAUGUGUUUUACAACAAAAUAUGAUUUAAAAUUGAAAUAAACUAACCAGCAAUAGCCCACGUCAACAACAAAAAGUAAAUAUUGAAAGUAGUGAAAGGUUUCUUUGCGAUGAACAAAUAUAUUCAUGUUUGCUUGUUUGCUUGUUUUACAAUACCAGUGUACUCUUCAGGUCUGUGAGCCUAUCAUACGCCAGAGGGGUGUAGGUUUUUCUUGUGUACUUGUAAGUUAUUUAAUCUUUAAGUCUCCUUUUAAAUUGUUUACAUUCAUUUUGUUUUAGAUUACCUUUACAUUGACCUUACCGUGAGCUGUAAAUGGUAACUUUUUGUCCAGAGAUAUGAAACAAAUACCAUUAUACUAUUUGAAUGCCAUGAAAUGAAAUAAUAUUUCGAUUAAUAACAGAAUUCUGUUUUAGUAGUAGGUCGACUUUCGAAACUUCAUGUGUCACAUCAAGAUUUUAAACAUUGGUUGAAAAUUGGCAUGUAGAAAUGAAGAAAGGUGAUAUAUUUACAAUUCAGGUUAUACAUGAUUCUCUUGAAGUAAAACUUAUGGUAACAUAUUUGAAAAGCUGAGAAAAUUGAAAAAAUUGGUUGAAUAUAUAGGAAAUAAAGGAAUUGUUGGCGCGAUCACUAUCACCCAGUUGUCUUUAUAUUGUAUAUCUUACUACAUUAAUGUUUACCCGCCUCUAAUACCAUACUUUGUAUUUUUGGCUUUAGUUCUGCCCGCCUCUUCCAUACUUUGUAUUAUUUGUCUUUCUUUCUGCCCGUCUCUUCCAUACUUUUUAUAAUUGUCUUUCGUUCUGCACGUCAUUCUUUGUACCUUUGAUAUUGAAUGAAGGAAUUGGUAGAUGGCCUUCAUUGCAUAUUUCUUUAUUUUAUAUAAGAACUGUAAGAGUUGAUUUGAACGUUACCGUCUUCUAGAUACAUGUAUGCUUACUAAGUGAUUAUGAGCAGUUAUGUUUAAUACUUUUGAGUUGAUAUUUUAUGUUUGAUAAUAUUAUUUGCUUAGAAUGUUUUGUAUUACUUUUUAUAGAUUUUAAUUACUUUUGUAUAGCAUGUAUUUUUUGUAUAAUUAAAGUUUUUUUCUUGUGU